UUAUCAAUGUCCUCUCUCCUUUGGAAAGAAAAACGAUCCCAUGCAAUGUGACGAGUGCGACGUUUGCUAACUCUACGAGUGACAAAAGCAAUGGUUCUAUCAUCUGUACUGUCAAAUUCAUCUUUACCGUUGUGCUUGAGGCAUCUCGUGCGAUUGACGUCGACGGCUGAUUUCGUCAGGAGCCGAUUUUUACGUACUUUGCCGCCGACGAUUCUCACGGAAGUCCUAGGACGCAAGGAUAAAGGCAAGAGCUUCGGAAAGGAUGCGACUGCGGGGUCGGACUUGCAAGGAGUGCACAAUUUCAUACCGCCAUGUUUGCGAGAAGAGCUCUUGUGCAAGUUAGCGGAGCCGGUUAGGGAUUGUUGCCAUAAAGUUACUGUCGUAGGUGCUGGCAUGGUCGGCGUAGCUGUCGCCAAUUCGCUUCUCUUACAGCGAAUUACUUCGCACAUCGCGAUGGUGGACGCCUUCCCCAAAAAACUGGAAGGUGAAGGACUGGACUUUGUUCACGGCUCCGUAUUCAUGGGAGACCCAAAGAUCGAGUACGACACUGACUUUUGCGUGACGAGUAACUCGAGGGUCGUAGUGAUCGCCGCAGGUGUGCGGCCGGUAAAGGGAGAGACUCGGCUCGACUUGGUUCAAAGAAACAUGGAGAUAAUGAAGAGCAUAAUACCACCUUUAGUGAGCUACAGCCCGAAUGCGGUGUACGUCGUCGUCAGUAACCCAGUGGACAUCCUGUCGUGGAUCAUAUGGAAAUUAAGCGGACUCCCGACCCACCAAGUGAUCGGCAGCGGUACCCACCUGGACAGUGCGAGAUUUCGCUACCUGAUCGCCGAUCGGCUCGGAAUUGCGCCGACUUCGGUGCACGGGUACAUCAUCGGCGAACACGGGGACAGUCAGGUUCCGCUCUGGUCUGGAGUGAACGUCGCGGGUGUGCAGUUCCGCGAUAUUAUCCCGAAUAUCGGCUUAGACACAGACGACGAGAAGUGGAACGAUAUAUCGAAAGAAGUCGUGAGAUUAGGCGCCAUGGUGCGAUGCUUGAAAGGAUACUCCAACACGGCCGUGGGGCUGUCCGUAGGCAACAUCGUAUCGGCGAUAUUGCAUAACACGCAAGCGAUUAUACCAGUUUCGACUUUGGUUAAGGGUCAUCACGACGUGUGCCAUGAAAUAUUCCUGUCCUUGCCCUGUGCGAUCGGCGAGAACGGCAUCACGCAGGUCAUACGGAUGCGCAUAACCGAGCUGGAGAAGAAGCUGUUCCAGGUAUCGGCGAACACCGUGUACAAUGUACAGAAGGACCUCAAGCCCUGAGUCUUCGCGUG